AUGUCGGACGCAGCUCGUUGGAAAGCAACUGUCUACGUGGGCGGUUUAGCACCACAAGUGACCAACGCCAAUGUGGUUGACGCCUUCAUCCCAUUCGGCGAGAUCGUCGAAGUAAAAAUGCCGAAGCCCGACUCCUCCAAUUCGGGAGAAACUCAUAAAGGCUUUGCCUAUGUUGAGUAUGAAGACAGCGCAGACGCCGCGGAGGCUAUCGACAACAUGGAUCAAGCAGAGUUCUUUGGUCGGACACUGAAAGUCUCCCAAGCUAAGGCGCCCAAGAGCGCUCAAGAAGGCCUUGGCAGCAAGACUGCGGUUUGGGAUCAGGAGGGCUGGUUGGCAGAGAAUGCCGAAGGCGAGGCUGACCUACACGCUCCAUCUGGCCCGGAUCCCAUGCAAGGCCUAGAAGAGCUGGACGUGGCUGGACCAAAGCAGCAAUAA